ACCUCCAAAAGCCACAUGUCUCCAUUGAGGAGGAAGCCUUUGCCAUCCCACGGGUCUGCAACCAAGAAAGGAAAUCUAGUCAAGGCCAGGUCGAAGCAGAACAUCGGCGGAUUAUAAAAGAGGAGGAACCAGAACCUACAAUAACUGAACAAUGGGGGGAACCAGAAACUAAAUGGACUAAAGAAGUGGAGGACCCAGAAUUGCCAUUGAUAAACAAAGAACAGGAGGAGUCAGAUUGUUCUUUGUUUAAACUUGAACAGCAGGAACCAGACUAUUUACUAACUACACAGGACCAGAAUGACCUCUACGGCAGUCAGGAUGGAGAGCAGCUUGUCCAGAAGCAGUUUGUGGCUUUGAUGGAGACUCCUACUCCACAAACUGAGCAGAUUUUAUUUAAAAUCUCUCCUGUAGUUGAGGGCAAAGAUCAGGAAGGAAGCAGCUCCACUGUGUCAGAGACUCAGUCUCAUCCUGACACAAAGAAAAGACCUUUCAAAUGUGAUAUUUGUGGAAAAUGUUGUAAAUAUCAGAGUGAGCUGAAAGUACAUUACAGAACCCACACUGGUGAGAGGCCUUUUCCAUGUCAAACAUGUGGAAAAAAAUUUUCUCACAUUAGUAAUUUAAAUUUUCACAUUAGAAUUCAUACAGGUGAGAGGCCUUUUUCAUGCCAAACUUGUGGAAAAAAUUUCACUCACAUGAGUACUUUAAUUGUUCACAAAAAAAUUCACACAGGGGAGAGGCCUUUUUCAUGUAAAACAUGUGGAAAAAGUUUCAAACGAAUUCAUCAUUUAACUAUGCACCAGGUAAUUCACACAGGUGAGAGGCCUUUUCCUUGUGAAACGUGUGGAAAAUCUUUCGCACGGAGUGCAGAUUUGAACAUUCACAGGCAAACCCACACAGGUGAGAGACCUUUUUCAUGCCAAACGUGUGGAAAAAAAUUUUCUCGCAUGAACCAUUUAACUCUCCACAAAAAACUUCACACAGGUGAGAGGCCUUUUUCUUGUGAAACCUGUGGAAAA